AUGGGAAUGAACAAAUGGCACAUCGAAAGAAGAUCUAGCUUUGAAGCUGAGUAUCCUUUGGCAAGAGAGUCUUCAAAUGUAUCUGAAACUGGCUCACUCUCCUUUGUUGUGCUUGGUGCUUCUGGUGAUCUGACUAAGAAGAAAACGUUUCCGGCACUUUUCCACCUGUAUCGGGCUGAGCUAGAAGCUGGAGAAGAGAGGUAUGAUGUGAUAGUUGGGGACUAUGGAGGCCUUUGUUAUAAACUUUACACAAAAUCCUUCUAUCAGUUCACUGUCAAACCAAGACUGAAGGAGGGUGGACCUGCUAGAAUAUUCAGCCACAAUGAGGUCUUUUCAUUGAUCUACAAUACAUUGAGACAGGUUUUUAAGUAUGUCCCAUCCUAUGCUGAUAUCUGGCGAUGGGUCAUGGCUUCAGAUUUUCCAUUAGAGCUGAAUGCAGAAGAGAUAUACUUGAGAAUGAGACAAAGGAUUAAGGGGGAAAAUAGAUAUCUGGAUGGCAAAACAUUCUCAUCAGCCUCAACAUUGGGCAAAGUUGUUCGCAAUUCGUUGGACAAUGAACUCAUGUAUACACAGAGGAAGCUGCAAGGUUCAUACAUGGCCAUGGCAAGCACGCUUAAUUAA